AUGCACACUUGUAGUAACAGUCUCCAGCGUACUCUCUCUGCCUUCAAUCGCUCCACUCGACGGUGGGUUUCUAUCCCCUCGCAACACGCCCAGAGCCAAGUGACCCAACCGUCUUCUCCCCCUGCGUCGAACACUGGACCCCUCUGUGCGCCGCAGCGCCUUUCUCUUGUCUCGUGGAACAUGGACGCAUUCCCCUCACGACCAAUCGCACGCGCCGGCCAUAUACUCGGGCACAUCCUCGCCGAACCGCCAUCCCCAGACAUCGUUUUCCUUCAAGAAGUUACUCGCGGCGCGCGGGCCGCUCUCCUAUCCGAUGCAAGAAUACGUUCAACCUUUUUGGUAACCGACGCCCAGGACGAGGCAUCGUUCCAGGCGGUACCCUUUGCAACCAUGACGCUCUUGUCCCGCGCCCGCUUUGCCUGGAACAAGGAUUCUCACGAGGAGGGCGACGACGGGAUCGGAGGAGCGGAGAAAAACCUCAGGCUCGGCAACGUCUCCCGCAUGGCUCUCCCGAGCAAGUACCGACGGGAUGCGCUUUGUGUGGACAUCCUGGCCCCGUCCGAGCCAAACACAGUCUUGCGUCUCAUCAACGUGCACCUCGACUCACUUUGGGAUGCGCUACCCUACCGCGUUCAGCAGCUCGAAAUACUGGCCAACGUCCUGCGUGAGCCCGGGUGCGGAGGUGGGAUUGUCGCGGGAGACUUCAACGCCAUCCGCCGCGAAGACGAUGGGCUUGUCGAGCAGAAUGGGCUGGUGGACGCGUGGGUCGCUUUGCACGGGAGCGCAAGCCGCGGCGGAGCUACUUGGGGUGUCCGUGCGGAACGGCGGGACGAACUGAGGCCGGGAAGGCUGGACAAAGUUGCGAUGAUGGGCUUGACGGCAGAAGAGAUGGAAGUCAUUCGUCCGGGUCUUAUCGAGGUACCCAGGCCGGGCGAAGCUCCUCUGGAAAUUCCCUGGAGUGACCAUGGUCUGAGAUGUAACUUCGUCGUUUGA